CAUACAUUUCGAUGCAUGUUGAUCUGAAAAUUUCUAUUUUUGGCUCCUCAAUUCAUGGUGUAUCUUGUUUCUUAAAAAUUUCACAUUUUUGUGCAGUCACAGAGGUUCAGUUCUCCCAACUGAGAGAUACUGAGAAUGUUCAUUUCUAACUGUGAUCCUCUGGUGAAUGCAGCCAUGGAUUCAGCUUUUGCAACCCUGAAUGCUAAUCUAGUCAUAACAAACAAAGUUUCUAGCUUUUGGGGUGAGAAUACAAGGGGAAAUUUUAACACCAGAUUUUGUAGCAUCCCAUCAUGCCAGAGUUCAAAAUCUAGAAAGUCCAAGCCUGGUUUGGUAUAUGCUGUAUACACACCAGACAUCAACAAAGAGUCCUUGACAUUCCAAGGACCCAUUAUUCAGAGUCCAAAAGCAAAUCCAGAUAAUGUAGCUGCCAUCAUAUUAGGUGGAGGUGCUGGAAAAAGACUCUUUCCUCUUACAAGCACAAGAGCUAAGCCUGCUGUUCCAAUUGGAGGGUGUUACAGACUCAUUGAUAUUCCAAUGAGCAAUUGCAUCAACAGUGGAAUCAGGAAAGUAUAUGUUUUAACACAGUACAACUCUUUCUCCCUCAAUGGCCAUUUGUCUCGCACAUAUAAUUUUGGAAAUGGGGUGAAUUUUGGAGAUGGUUUUGUGGAGGUCUUGGCUGCUACUCAAACUCCUGGAGAGGCAGGGAAGAAAUGGUUCCAAGGGACAGCUGAUGCUGUGAGACAAUUUAUAUGGGUUUUUGAGGAUGCAAAGAACAAGAAUAUUGAGCAUAUAAUGAUAAUUUCUGGUGAUCAUCUUUGCCGAAUGGACUACAUGAAGCUUCUGGAGAAACAUAUAUGGACAAAUUCUGAUAUCACAGUUUCAUGUGUACCCAUGGAUGAAAGCCAUGCAUCAGACUAUGAUCUGCUGAGAAUUGAUAGAAAGGGACAGAUUAUUCAGUUUGCAGAAAAACCAAAAGGAUCAGAUCUUAAGGCAAUGCAUGUUGACACCACUCUCCUAGGGCUUCCUGCAGAAGAAGCGCGAAAACAUCCUUACAUUGCAUCCAUGGGUGUUUAUGCAUUCAGAACUGAGACCCUGCUGAAGCUAUUAAGAUGGAGCUGUCCUUCAUGUAAUGAUUUUGGCUCUGAACUUAUCCCAUCUGCUUUGAGAGACCACAAAGUCCAAGCAUAUUUGUUCAGGGACUAUUGGAAAGAUAUUGGAACUAUUAAGUCCUUCUUUGAUGCUAAUCUGGAUCUAACAGGACAGAAUCCAAAAUUUGAACUCUAUGAUUCAAAGACACCUUUCUUCACCUCCCCAAGAUUCCUCCCGCCAACUAAAGUAGUAAAAAGCAAGAUUGUGGAUGCAAUUAUUUCUCAUGGUUGCUUCUUAAGUGAGUGUAGUGUUCAACGUUCUAUUGUUGGUGUACGCUCACGUUUAGAGUCCGGUGCAGACCUUCAGGAUACCAUGAUGAUGGGUGCUGACUACUAUCAAACUGAUUCUGAAGUUAAAUCUCUACUAGCAGAAGGAAAGGUUCCAGUUGGUGUUGGAGAGAAUACCAAAAUCAGGAACUGUAUAAUUGACAAGAAUGCCAAGAUAGGAAGAAAUGUUGUUAUUGUAAACAGUGAUGGUGUUCAAGAAGCUGACAAGCCUACAGAAGGAUUUUACAUUAGGUCUGGCAUAGUAGUUAUAGUGAAGAAUGCAACAAUUAAAGAUGGAACCACCAUCUGAAGGAGCUGAAGAUAAAAACUAGAGUAAAAUUAGUUUGCUGAUAUAUAUAACUAAGUGUAACUAAAGCAUAGAAAAUACUCUCUUGUAU